AUGGCCAAAGAGGAGCCGCACGAGCCGGCUGUGCCGGGAAAUCAGAAGAGCCCGGGCAUCUCACCUCGAUCUUUCCAGUCGCGACUGGCAGAGUGGAGCGAGCAAUGCCUUCGAUUUCAAGCCUCUGGCGAGACGUGGGUGCCCACGAAGCCCUGCUGUCCGGCGAGCCCCUUUCUGGGGUUAGAAGCUUGUCUCUGGCAAGGCUGCAAGAAGCAGGAGCCGACGGCAUGUGUACAACUCCUUAGCAUAGAGGAGUUGCUUGAGUUGUAUGACUUCUUCCGCGAGGAUCCCUCUGUUGAAGACCAGCCGGAGGCCGGUUUCGGAUGUGAGCCACGGCUCGACGUGCGCCCCUGGGUGCGGGACCUCCCUGCUGGAGUUUGGGCCGGAGGCUUUCGACUCGAGAACGGCUCUGCUGCGCAGUGCCGCGAGGGCUCCUUCGCUGAGCCCGGCGAGACACACGCCCAGGCAGUGGUGGAACCACGACCUAAAAGGCAACGGGCUGGGCGCUGGAAUGUGCAGCCCAGGGACACAGCCACCAAGAAGGGAGGCCGCAAAAUUACGACCAAGGUCAACGAGAAAGCCGAGGCCCGGAAGGCCAAGAAGUCGAAGCGGAAGAAAGCCCCCCUCUCCGCCGUGAGAGGCGUUUAUUUCUGCUGCAGGCACAAGCUCUGGCGUGUGCACAUGUACAACCCCUCCAGCCAGAAACAGGUUUCUGGGGGCUAUUUCAAGGUCCAGCGGGAGGCCGAGGCCAAGGCCCGAAAACUGGCCAAGGAGUUGGGGCUGCGAACGAAGCGCAAGCUCGUCUCAGCAGCAGCCUCCCAGUUUGAACCGCUUGGGACGCAGAAGGGGAUCAGGUGGGGCCUUGGAGGCUGGAGAGCCUGGUUCAGGAUAUCCGAAAGUAAGAAGCAAAUAGAGACGAAGUUCGCCCCCGAUGAUUUAUCAACCACUGGGGUGGAGAAGGCCUGGAAGAAGGCAGUGGCCUGGCGCAGGCAGCAAGAGAAGCAGCAGCUUAAGCAGGCCAGUAAGCGCUGA